AUGCACCGAAUCACAGACAACAGAAUGGCAGGAUCAGCCGUUCACAGUAUCAGCAUCGUUGAAGCGAUAUGCGGCAAGAGGUUUGCCCCGAAUGUUAUGCUCCUUAGCAAUAUGUGGAACACCUCUCAAGAAAAUAUGCACCUCAAACGGGAGGAGGAAUUGAAGUGCGGGGAGACGUUCUGGGCCCCUCUCAUUCGGAACGGAGCUAAAACGGAUCGAUAUCACUACUAUGACCGUAGCUCUUUCGAAUCCAAUGUUCAGGCUAGAACGGCUGCCCGAGAAAUCAUUUCGAAGAUGUUGAAAAACAAGCCCGAGAUAACUCAGCUAGUGCACGAGGUUGUUGUCAAAAAGAAAAGAGUUGCAGGAACGAAGGCUAAUAUGGCUGUUGUGCGGUACCUUUUCGAUUCCGGAGCGGUUGAAGACAGGAACGAAAAAGAAGCAGAGAGAAAUGCGGAAAAGUAUAAGGACAAUGCAAGGCUAAGGGAUAUCUUUCUCGAAGAGGCGAGACAAGCAAGAGCAAAUAAAGAGAAAAUUCAAAGAGAAUGGAAUAUGCUAAAUACCUUGGUGGGUGGAGUAGGUUUUGUUCUUCUUGGGCUAGCCACGACGUAUGCAUACCCAUUUGUGAAUGGCAUAUUCCUAGAUCUAACUUGCGAGGCAGCCAUAGCCUUUGGCAUGACAAUUGACACACUUGCAAAUAUGGGCUAA